UUAUACGCCGAUUGAUGUGAAUCUUUUCUUACAGACACAUUUCAAAGUCUUGAUAUUUUACUUCAAGAUGACCAGGCUGACACUACUUGCAGGCGUAUGCCUGGUGCUGUGCCAGAUUGCAACGGCCGAUCAGAUGGUGUGCUACUUCACCAACUGGUCCCAGUACAGACCCAAUGAGGGCAAGUACCUGCCAAAAGACGUGGACCCCUUCCUCUGCACCACCCUCAUCUACGCCUUCGCCAUGAUCAACAGCAACCAUGAGCUGAUCACCUACGAGUGGAACGACGAUGUCCUCUACAAGGCCUUCAAUGACUUGAAGACCAAGAAUCCUCAUCUGAAGACUCUGCUGGCUGUCGGUGGAUGGAACUUUGGUUCAAGACAGUUCUCCCUCACGGUGUCGAACGCAGCCAACCGUCAGAAGUUUGCACAGUCAUCCAUUAAGUUCUUGAGAACCUUUGGUUUUGAUGGUUUGGACCUGGACUGGGAGUACCCGGGAUCCCGUGGAAGUCCUCCAGAGGACAGGGAAAAGUUCACUCUGCUUUGUAGGGAACUUGUGGCUGCCUACGCAGCUGAGGCCGCUGCCACCGGUAACAACCAGCUCAUGCUGACUGCUGCUGUGUCUGCAGGGAAAGGAACCAUUGAUGCUGGAUAUGAGAUCGCUGAGAUUGCCAAGGAGUUGGACUUCAUCAAUGUAAUGACCUAUGACUUCCAUGGAACCUGGGAGAAGUUCACUGGCCACAACAGCCCCCUCUUCCGUGGUUCCCAGGACAAAGGCGACCUCAUCUACUUCAACACUGACUACGCAAUGAAGUACUGGAGGGACCAAGGUACACCAGUGGAGAAGCUACAUAUGGGUUUUGCUACGUAUGGUCGCACCUUCCGCCUGACAUCGUCUAACACCGGUAUCGGAGCCCCUGCCAGCGGCCCUGCUUCAGCCGGACCCUACUCCCGUGAGGCUGGCUUCUGGGCCUACUACGAGAUCUGCACCUUCCUGAAGGGCGCCACAUUGGAAUGGAUUGAAGACCAGAAAGUCCCCUAUGCUCACAAGAACAAUGAGUGGGUGGGAUUCGAUACCAGGGAGAGCUAUGAGACGAAGGUCCGCUACAUGCAAGAGCAGAAGUUUGGCGGGGCCUUUGUGUGGGCCCUGGAUCUGGACGACUUUAAUGGACAUUUCUGUGGAGAGGGAAUCCACCCUCUGCUGUCACAUCUCCGCACUCUCCUCGAUAUUGAGUUGCCUCCCCUGCCCCCGACCACAACCCGUGACCCCAACAAACCCACCCCGACUACCACAGCCACCACCACAACCACCACCACCCACGCGCCAGGAUCAGGCUUCUGUAACGGAAAGCCCGAUGGCCUGUAUCCCCACGAAGAGGACAGAAACCUGUUCUACAUGUGUGCACAUGGAAUCACUCACGUCCGCGCGUGUGGAACUGGCUCCGUCUAUGAUGAAAAAUGCAAGUGCUGCGUCUGGCCUUGAAAUAGGGAUGACUCUGAAAACAAUACAUUCUCAAGCUAUUGAAUGGCGUUCAUUCUUUGUUGCAGUG